AGUAUGGACGCGCACGUACGUACAUAUAUAAUAUAUAUAUACGCGCGUUGUUUAUUUGGCUGUAUUAUAUUUUAUGCUGCUAGCUUGGUUGUACUCAUAUUUCGUGUUGGCGGCGGUUUUGUAUGAAGUUGCAUAAAGCUACUCAACCUUAGAUAGUUGCGUCAAGAACUACCGUCUUCCUCAAGGGAUGAGUCAUGUCCCUUCGUUCAACUCACUCCCUACAUACCUGCCACAUUCCUCUUCAGUCAUAAAAGAGUUCUGCAGUUUGGAGAAUAAUAUAACGUCACAAGCGCAAUUCCAAUGCGGGCGAGGAAUUCGUUAAUCUUCCUUGAGGCAAAUGUCAUGGGUUGAGCUGAGGAAAUUUCUGCAAUAUUCUUCUGGGAAGUGUUUCUAGAGUUUCUGAGUGCUGAUCUAGUUGUUAGAUUGACCAUGAUGAACCGCAGGAAUGUGAAAUAGAUUCCGAAGUGCGACAUAAAAAUCUCUAAAACUAUCACUGAUUCACUAACCUCGUUAGUUUUGAGGAACUAUAAUAUCAUUUAUGUGUCAAUUUAUCGCUAAUUGGUCGACUUGGUAGAUGUAAACAUAGUCUGCACACUGCACAUGAUGUCAUAAGAUGUUUGUGGACAACUGUCCGUGGACAACUGUCGGGACUCGGGCUAUCUGGAUUCUGCCACAGUUAAAUGUUAGGAUCAGUGAUGAAUGUAGAUGAAGAAUAAAGGACGUCAGGAAUCUGGAUUUAUUAGGAUUGAGACCACGAGAUGUACUCCUCCGCAAUGGCGUCACUACAGAAAAAACUCAAUCAGAGGCUAAAUUUGUCUGUCACCAAACGAGAUACAUCAACGAAAGCUACUUCUGUGAAGAGUUUUCGGGAAUCUGCCCUCAGUCAGGUUUCAGAGUUGACAACAAAAAGCACAAGUUUGAGUUUCAGAGCCAAACAAUGCCGUCUUACUUCACAGUAAACGCAGAGAUUGUUUCCCACUGUAAUCUUAGUCAGGAUAAUCGGGAGAGUCUUGGUAACCUUGACUCCGCACUGAAUUGUCAUGACUACGACCCCAAAGUGGAGGAAUUUAAUGGUAGCAUGGAGAACUUGUUUAUUAAGGGCUUCAUGAACUUCAGCAGUGUUUUCAGAGUAAACAUAACCGUCUCUUUUCCCGUUUUAGACACCAGCGUAAUUUGUGAUAUAAAAGAAACAGAAGAAGAAGACCCUGAUCUCCCUCACUCCUAUCAUCUCACUAGGAAGUUUCAGAUUCCUCUGAUACAGACUGUCAACCUCAUUAACAUUCAGGAAGAAAGUGUAGGAAGUACGGAACCAGGGGACGACACCCCACUCAACACCCCACAGCAGUCACCUCAUCAGAAUACACACAGAAAAGAUAGGAGGAAGACAUGUGGUAACCCUGACUGUUUUAAAGAAGCGUGCACGUGCAAGCGUCACGUGGUACGACGAUCAAAAUCACAUCGUUUACCACGCCACAAACCGCCCCGACACGGCCUCAAACAGAGCAGGUCGGUAGUGCUACUACCAGGUGGUGAGGAGGAGGAGAAUGAGGAAGAGGAGACCUCUGGUCUGGUGGUUGUGGAUAUAGAGAACGGAGGUGGAGGUGUUACUUUAGAGGUCCCACAGUUCCUGUCAUCAAAUGUUGAGAGUUUAGCACCCGAUAGUGAUAGCGAGGAUGAAGUGACUCUGAUAGCAGAUAUUGCUCGCUCAGAGAAUGUUGUCCACUCAGAAGACAUCCACAAAUUAGGGACCCUGCUCUGUCAAGAACUCGGUUCAGCAGUACCUGCAGCAGGAGAAAGAGAAAGAGGUCGCCAUCCUCGCAAAGAGAACGAACCUGAUCAACUAGGCUGGGAGCGGAGUAGGUCCAGAGAGACGAGCAGUAGUUACUCAGAAAGACCAUCUGACAUUGGAACUGGGAAGAGAAGAAAAAACAGACCAUCAGGCUCAGAUCAAUACGAGGGUAGCCCGAGUUCCAGCAGACCAGUUAGUGAAGUGUUCUCAAUCAGUUCAGAGUACUUUUCCAGGGCAACUAGCAGCGACCAUAUCUACCAUGAUAUUCCUGACUCAGACGGUUGUGAUUCGGAUGGAGAUUACAUCUCAGCACCGGACCAGCUGAACUACGGAGCUGUGUACACCCCAUAUUCCGGAUCUGAGCCGGACCGGACCCGGACUAGAUCCGUACCUUCAACCAGCAGUUUCCACAACAUUAUCUCAUCGAUAAACGAUCUCGAGGAAAAACUAGGACCUGAAAAACACGAGGAUCUGCGUUUUCUUCGGGAGAUACUGCAGAACAACCAAUUAUCUGUUCUACACAGAGCUCUGAAAACAACUGGGGAUAAGGCCUUCUCACAAAGUACUCCUCAUCUCGGAAAUGUUCAAAAUGUUAAUAAUGAGAACAAGUUAGGUGGACAAAGUAGCAAACUAGCAGCUUCAUCGUACAACUGGGAGCAAAUAAAGCAACCUGCACCUGAGGAGGAUGAUGAUGACAUCGUCACUAUCAGAUUCACCAAGACUCAUGAGCAAUCUCUGGGUGCUACGAUAGUAGGAGAUAAGAGAACAGGUGGUAUACUGAUAAAGAGGAUCCUAGAAGAGAGCCCUAUAGCUGCCUGCAACAAGAUCCACCCAGGCGACGAACUCAAAAUGAUAAACAACGUUCCAGUGGCGGGUAAAACUGUUGAGGAAGUAAGAGAAAUGUUAGGUAGAUUAUCCCAGGAUUGUACUAUUACUGUUUCCUCCUUUGGAGCGUUUCCUGAAGACAGAGAGUCUUAUACCGCUCCUAAGUCGCGUUAUUUCCGGGCCUUUUUCAACUACGACCCGAAGAAAGACACCCUGAACCCCUGUCAAGAUGCUAGCUUCUCCUUCGAGUUGGGAGAUAUUCUGGAGGUUGUGAACACAGAAGAUGAGUCGUGGUGGCAAGCUAAGAAAUAUGGGACAGUACACGUUGGUCUUAUCCCCAGUAGCGACCAGAGGUUACGAUAUCUGAACAGUCGAGCAACUAAAGCGUCCACAGACAACUUGCUUUACACCCGGGAGAAGAGUAAGAAAAGCAAGAAAAAGAAAGACUUUCUUUUCACAUUCGGAACUAAAGAUCAUAAGGAACCUCUGACAUACAUCGAGGUCACCCAUGUGAGGCCGAGUAAGAGCAAACGGCGUCCUAUUAUAAUAACAGGUGCUAAGUAUUUUGGUGGAUCUUGUAUAAGAAAUAAACUGUUGCAGAGAUAUCCCGAAAAGUACUUCCUCCCUAUUAAACACACCACGAAGACAGACGCUGAGGGAUACAAACACUGCUCGAAGAAAGAGUUCUCAGCCUUGAUAAAACAGAGAGACAUGAUAGAGUACACUAAAACUGGGGGACACUACUACGGUACCUCAUAUGAGAGUGUUAGAGACCUUAUCAUUAAUGGGAAGAUCUGUCUCUUAGAUGUUCAUCCUCAGUACCUGUCCGUGUUAUGUAACGGAACACUGCGUCCCCACGUGAUAUAUGUUGAAGCGACAACCGAGGAGCGGAUAAAGGAACUCAAACAAACGGAUAUGGAGGAACUACCUGCCCCGCAAAGAAAACUUCAUGGUAGCGAUAUCAGAGAGUUGAGGUUCAACUCAGAGCGACUCUUACGAAGGUACACAGAGUUUGUGGACACAAUCAUAACUCUUGAGAGUCUUUCUUCAGUCGUGGAUCUUAUAGACCAAGUCGCGGAAAGGAUCAUUGAUCAUCCGGCCUGGAUGCCUAGGAGAUGGUUAGAAAACACGUGACGAGGUGGAAUGUCAUGUGACGAGGUGAAAUGUUUCACUUCGGUUUAGGAACUCUUUCUGAAAAUGUGAUAAGUUACAUGCUAUUUGAACAAUAAGUCCGUUCAAAAAUGUCCCGGAGCUAAAAGUAAAUCACUGAAACUUUCUCAAUGACUACAAUGAAAUGUGAAACUUGUAAGUUUAAUCCGCCAUAUGGCUAAGAAUGUUAGUUAUUUCGAGCAUCAUUAACACGCGACACUCUGUUGUGAAUGUACUGAGACUGCUCGACGAAUAUUGAGAUAUUUUUACGUUAUUGUAUAUCAGACCGUAUUAUAUUAUAGAAAUUUAAUUUUAUGACACUUACUGCAUGUCCUUCAUUUUAUUCCCAUUAAAUCUCUGAUGGCAGUUACUUUAUUGAAAAUAAUGUCAAAAAUUGAAUCAAUUUUAAUUACUUUUUUAAUUCAUAAGUUGAUCAAUAUUGAGUUAAAAAUAAAAUGAAAUGUCAUGUUCUACAUUUAUUUUUUGACUG